CUUCCCCCCCACCCUUCCACCUUUCAGGGAUCUCCCUCUCUCUCCUCUCUCUCUCUCUCUCUCUAAAAACCUUUCUUAUUAGGAAAAUCAAACAAGUAACCAUUCCCCAUUCCACCUUCUCACUACAAACACAAACAAACACACACAAAAAACUGAUACACAUCCAUACAUAUCCAAAAACAGAGACACAUCCAUAUCCACCAAAAAUGAACGGCCCAAGAUUUGUGAUUGAGGCAGCAGAGGCCGAAUCAAUGGCCCAACAAUCAAACCUCUCUCUCCUCCAACUCCUCCCAACCCUCGUCAAAUCAGCCCAAGACCUCGCCCGCCCGCUCAUCUCCAACUACCACGUCGGCGCCGUCGGCUUGGCCUCCGACGGCCGCAUCUUCACCGGCGUCAACCUGGAAUUCAUCGGCGCCCCCCUCCACCACUCCGUCCACGCCGAGCAGUUCCUCCUCACCAACCUCGCCGUCCACGGCGCCCCCCGCCUCCUCGCGCUCGCCGUCUCCGCCGCCCCCUGCGGCCACUGCCGCCAGUUCCUGCAAGAGCUCCGCCACGCCGCCGACCUCCAAAUCCUCAUCUUGUCCGACCAAGAUCAAGAAAAAGACCAAAAACUCACCAAAGAUUUAGAAAAAGACGGAAAACCCACCAAGGAUGGAGAAAAAGACGACAAACCCAUUAAUUACAAACCACUAAUCUCGUUCCUGCCGUACCCAUUUGGACCCUUUGAUCUUUUAAACGAACAAACCCCUCUUCUUCUCGAGCCUCACAACAACGGAUUGCAAUUACAAAUCCAAGCCCUACCCACUUCGAAAAAUCCAAUUUUGUGUAACGGGCAUUUGAAAUCUCAUGGAAAAGAUGAGCUUUUGGAAAUUGCAGCUUUAGAGGCUGCAAAUGAGUCGCAUGCUCCGUACAGUGGGUGCCCGUCAGGGGUGGCUUUAAUGGAUUGCGAAGGGGAGAUUUAUAAGGGUUUUUAUAUGGAAUCGGCGGCGUAUAAUCCGAGUUUGGGGCCGGUGCAGGCAGCGUUGGUGGCGUACCUGGCAGCCGGGGGCGGUGGGUACGAGAGGAUUGUGGCUGGAGUGUUGGUGGAGAGAGAAGGGGCGGCGGUGAGGCAAGAGGAUACUGCAAGGAUGUUCUUGAAAUUGAUCUCGCCAAAAUGCGAGGUUCGGGUUUUGCAUUGUGUUUUGGGUUCGAAUGGGUGUAAAAGGCCUUGUGAUUUGGUAUGUGAGUAGAUGAGGGGGAAUCAGGUGCUGAAUUUGUUUGGCAAAUGUUGAAGUGAUGGUGUAAAGUGUCGAUCCCAAUUGCUAAUGUGAAAAAUGUGAAUCCUUCAUCAUAACUCUUAAGUGUGAGUCUCAGGCUUUGAAUUCAUUUAUGCCAAUGUUAAUGUAAAAUGUGAAUCCUUCAUAAUAAGUGUGAGUGGCUUUGAAUUCAUUUA